AUGGCGGAAGCUUCAAAGUUUCGGUUAGUUCGUUGCCCCAAGUGCGAAAAUCUACCUCCUGAGCUUCCAGACAUCUCUGUCUACCAGUGUGGUGGCUGUGGUGCUGUUCUUCGAACGACGAAUAAAGGGCCUGUGAAUGUUACUUUGUCGAAGCAAUCGGAAAACGAAAUGGUUAGGGGUGGUUCUGAGAAAGAAGCUGUUAGUUUUGGUCGUGUUAUUGAGACACAAGGGGAAAGUGAUCAGCUUGAACUUCGUAAAACAAGAGAGAGAAUCUCUCAUGAAAGAGUUGAUGAUAUAAAGGGUAGUUCUUCACCAAGAACAGAAAAUAGGGAAGUUCUGAUUGAUUCUGAUAGAACCAGAAGAGGAGAAACAAUGGGGUUGAGACCUGAUCAGUUUAAUAAAGUUGAGUCUUAUGAUAAUGACGAAUAUAGGCGACCUUCCAAUGUUUCAAAUGACAAUUGGGUUCGGAGAAACAAUCCUAACUUGGGCAUGAAUAGACAUGAAUAUGUUGAUUCGAGUGUUGAAAAUGAACUUGGAAAAAUUAGACACCGCCCAAUUGGGUCCUUAAGAUCACAAGGAAAUGAUGUUGACUUGAACCUUGAUAGGCCUGAAUAUGUUAAUUUUAGUGUAGAAGAUGAGCUUGAAAGAGUCAGACUCCCAGUUGGGUCCUUAAGAUCAAGGCCUAUCAUGGACCAGUGGAGCAUUGGAAGAAAUGGGUCAACGGCAUUUCAUGGGAAUGCCAUAGGUGUUGCAGAACAUAGGAGGUUUGCAAGUUUCCCCCAUCCAGAAGAGGGGCCUUCAAAUUAUUGGCCUGGUUCUUUCUGUGGCUAUGGUGAGCAAUUAAGGAAUGGUGAUGGAUUCGAUGGGCUUGCUAGAGUUGAAAACCUAGAAAACAACAGAGCUGAGCUCCUUAGAAAACUUGGUCAGUUAAAGGAUCAGCUCAGUAGAUCCAGUGAUGUGGCUGAGAAACGAAAGGAAAGGGUUGCUGUUGAUAGGAGGAUGGCUCCACCUCCACCUGAUCCUUAUGCUGGAUAUGGUGCUUUUAUUCCAGAAGGAUCAACUAACUUGUAUGGUGUUGAUAUGCAGCCCAUUGCAAUAGAUAGAAAUGUUCCAGCUCCUUAUUUCGAUCAUUAUCGUGGGCCUCUCCCUUAUACUAGUAGCCAUGGUUUGGAUAUGCAAGACUUCUAUGCUGCUUCAAGUAAUGCCCCAAAUGAAUUUCUGGGGCAUGAGGAUGUCUAUAGGUCACAAAUGCUAAGAAGGCCCGCAAAUCAACCACUGUUUCAAUAUUUGCAAGGGCCAUUUCAUGACAAUUUUGCUGUACAACACACAGAUUUCAAUCAGGAUGCCCUUGCGUCACAGCCACAUGAAACUUUUUGUCACCAGUCGGCAUGCUCUUGUUUGCACUGCUCCAAGAGGAGCUGGCAUGUCCCUCCAAAAGUCCCACCCCCUGUUUUCAGCAAUCGAAAGUUGCCAAAUGAAACUAACGAUCACAUUUUCUAUGGCCGUGUCAAUGAUGUUACAUACAGUCCACAGGGUUAUCAUUCCGAAUACUACAGUCCACAGGGUUAUCAUCCUGAAUAUUCCAAUCCUCUUCAACUGCAUCCUUGGGAUCAACAACCGCAUACAAAGAGUUCAAAUGACCUUGAUUCGGAAAAUGGUGGUUUUGGUUUCAGUCAUCCAAGAAUGGUGGUUGUUGCCCAUGGGAGUGAACAGUUUCUGUGUCCUGUAGCAGGUGGUGCCCCUUUAGUAACAUGCUGUAAUUGUUUUGAGCUGCUGAAACUUCCAAUGAAACUUAUGGUAGUGGGGAAGAAACAAAGAAAGCUGAGAUGUGGAACCUGCUCUUCUAUAAUCUUAUUCAAGUUUGAGAACAAGAGGCUUGUUGUAUCAGUUCCUACACCAAUCAAGCAAGUUUCUUCCGAUGUUGAUGAUGACUCUAUUGAGAAGAUGCAAAAUGAAAACCUUCAAAAUUCUCAUGGUUAUCGGAAUGUUAGUUCAUCAACAUCCUGCUCCAACGACUAUGGUAAUUUUGAUUAUAACUUCCAGUUGAGUAAUGAACCCAAGUUAUUGUCAAGAGACCGGAGGUCAAAUAUCAGUGAAUCUGAAGAUAGACAGGGCCCUCGUUCAUCCUCUUCGAGCUUUUCUAAUGAUGAGCAAAGCCCAGACAGUGUGAUUGUUCAAAAAGAUGUUUCUGAUUCUGCCUUGUUGCCUUCAAAAGAAGAUGUGCCUUCACAUUUUCCAGAUUCACCGCUCCAAGAACAGCCUGAUUAUUCUUCUACUAAUGAGGUGGCCAGCAGAUAUGUGAAGAAUAAAAAGACUCUGCGUACUGAUCAAGACAAGGUUAUCCUUGAUAGGACUACCUACCGACAGAAUUCUGCAAAAGAUGCACCUGUGGCUACUGAGAUGGAAGAUCCUUUUAAUGAUUUUUCAACCAGUGUUGUUUCUCAAGAUUCUGUGGAGAUGAGCAAAGAAGAAGAUAGACCUAGGACUAACAAGGGGGGUGAAUCCUUCUUUGCAGGUCUCAUCAAAAAAAGAUAUAGAGAGUUCUCAAGGUCUAGUCAAGGUAGUGAGAAUGGAAGAUCAAAUGUUUUUGUCAAUGGCCAGCUAAUACCAGAUUGUGUAGUUAAGAAGGCUGAGAAGUUAGCUGGGCCUAUUGAGCCUGGAGAGUACUGGUAUGAUUUCCGGGCUGGUUUUUGGGGUGUGAAGGGCCAGGCUUGCCUUGGCAUCAUUCCGCCACUUAUUGAAGAAUUCAAUUAUCCCAUGCCAGAGAAUUGCGCUGCUGGAAACACUGAAAUUCUUGUGAAUGGACGUGAGCUUCAUCAGAAAGAUUUAGAUUUACUUGCUGGCAGAGGCCUUCCGAUCACAAAACAUAGGUCUUAUCUUAUUGAGUUCUCUGGGAGAGUCUUGGAUGAGCGCACUGGGGAAGAACUAGACAGCCUCGGGAAACUUGCCCCUACGUAA